AUGCUCAUCGAGGAAGGUGAUGAGACAGCACUUGCCAUACAAGAGUUCGAGGAUCAGGUGAUCCAUGUUUGUCAGGAUUCACCUGAACUGGCCAUGGCAAAGUAUCAGAGUCUUGCAGAGCGCAUAGCAAGCUCUACCUGUCGCGCCUGUGGAGCACGAGGCCACUGGAAGGAUGAGUGCCCGCUGAAGGACAAGAAUGUGACUGCAGAUGCGAACGUGAUCCUCACGGAAGAGCUCUCAGGGGGUGGUGAACUUCUUGAUGAACUUCCUGGCCAUGAUCUUGCCAAUUGGCAGAACCAGAUCGGCUUCAAAGUCAGUCCGCUCUUUCUCAAGCUGACAGCCAUGACUCUUCCAAGUGCCUCGGGAACGCCAUUUCCGGGACUCCAGACAGAGAUGCUAGAUGCGAUGCUGUCCGGAGAAGUGGAUGCCUCUCUGGCCUUCGAAGAUCGACAACUACCAGAGAUCAAAAGUCGUCGCCCUCCAGGUGUGAUGACCUUGAAGGAGUGGGGUCAGUUGAAGUUCCCGGAAGGGAAGUGGCGGCACAAGUCCUUCUUUCAGGCAUACCAGGAGGACCCAAAGUACGGCAAGUUCAUGAAGGAGCACAGGAAACUGGUGUCAGCUUGGGCACUGAGUUUUCAGGCUUACGUGGAAGCCAUGGACAGGAUGCAGGAAGAUUGCUCGAAGGCCUUCUACCAGGAGUAUGCCAGACAGUGGGCCAAAGCCGAGAUGUCCAAGAUGUAUCCGAAGGCAGAGAUCGAGAAGAGUCAAGGACCAGCGUGGGAGCUGUUGACAGGAGGGGUGACAUCGCGUCCGAUGAGCACGAUGUCAUCACCAAGUCAGAAGCGCCCCAUGGAAGAAGAGCAGUCGCAGAUGGCAAUCGAGGUGCAGCAGAAAGAGGAGAUGAUCACUCGCAUGGCGAUCUUGCAGCGCGAGAUGGACAAGAUCAAGGCCGACUUGGAGGGUCAAGCUGCGCUUUGGAAAGUUUUGGAGGAAGAGCGACCGAGAGAAGUCUGGAUGGCACCAGAAUGCAAAUAUUGGGGCAACUUCAGUCGCAGAAACAUGGGCAGGCAAACGUGCUUGGAUGAUGAUGAGGUUUUCGCUCAGAUUCAGAAGGGGGCCCCAAACUUGAAGGUUCAGAGGGUUGAAGCCUGUAGGGGAACUGAGAGGUUGCGCCUUCCUGGAGCUGAUGCGGACCCAGAAACCAUCCCGUUGAGAUUGACCGUGGUCAAAGACCGCAUCACGGGUCAGUCAAUGGUACUUGGCCCAGCUGAGGAAUGGGCUGCUCUGCCAAAAAGGCAGCAAAUUCGAAAGGGUCAAUCUGCAAAGAUGAGCCUCACCAUUUUUGGAAGUUUUCCAAAGUCAGGGGAGCUUGAGACAAUGGGGUCUGAUAAGGAAGCAGGUACUGGGGAUGAUGGUGAAGAUGCUGUUGUGGUAAGUAAAGACCCUCCCAAGAAUGUUCCGGUUCAUGGCCCAGGGUACAUGUUGUUGAAUGGUGAUGAAAAGGCUCAGAUUCGGAGGUUGCAUCACAACUUAGGCCAUCCACAUCCACAGAAGUUUGCCUGGUUUUUGAAGGAAAGGCGUGCGGAACCUCAUUUGGUUCAAGGAGCUCUGGAUUAUCAGUGCGACAGUUGUGCGGAAACAAAAGCUGGUCCAGACUCCACCCGUCCUGGCACAAUUCAUGAGAAUCUGGGAUUCAAUCAAGUGAUUGGUAUGGACACUGCUGUUUGGACUAAUAGUGUUGGUAAGAACUUUCAGUUUUCUCAUAUCAUUGAUGAAGGGACUUUGUUUCAUGUUGGUUCUCAUGUUGUCAGUGCGGACACAGAUUCUCAAAUUCGAGUCUUUGAGAAAUGUUGGAUGUUAUGGGCUGGCACUCCACAAGUUGUGUAUGUUGAUCCUGGCACGGAAUAUACGGCAGAAGCAUGGCAGGACAGAAUGCAAAGGCAUGACAUCCAUGUCAAAGUCAGUGCAAGUGAAGCACACUGGCAACUGGGGAGAGUGGAAAUUCACGGAUCAGUUGUGAAGAAGAUGUUGAGUCGCAUGGAUUUGGAGUCACCAAUAAACUCGGUUGGGGAGUUUGAGCAGGCUUUGGUUCAUGUGUUCAAUGCCAAGAACAGUUUAUCCAGAGUGAAGGGAUACUCUCCCGAACAAGCUGUCCUUGGAAUUGCCAAAAGAUUGCCUGGGUCCGUUGUCUCUAGUCAGGGGGUAGGAAGUAUAACUCUGGCUGAAGGGACUGGUCCCGAGAGCGAAGCCUUUCGAGCCAGUCUGGAAAGACGCAGCAGUGCACGCAGAGCUUUCAUAGAAGCUGAUAAUUCAUCCAGUCUUCGUCGUGCGCUUUUGAGGCGGACUCGGCCAAUGCGAGGACCCUUUGAAAUAGGAGAUCUUGUGUUGUAUUGGCGUAGGAGGGGUGCCAAUCUACGUAGAGAUCGUGGUCGCUGGUAUGGGCCAGCGAGUGUUGUUGCAGUCGAAGGGUCCAAGAAUGUUUGGUUGAAUCAUGCUGGAAAGCUAGUGCGCACGAGCCCUGAGCAACUUCGUGCAGCCAGUUUUCGGGAGUGGAAGCAGGCCAAAGAGUUGCUCACAGAGUCUGGCCCAGGGAACUCAGAUUUACAGAGAGCCCUCAAUGAUGGCAGUUUCAUUGAUGUAGAUGGGGAGGAUUUUCCUGACUGGGAAGCUGAAACAGAGGGAUAUGACCCAUCAAUUGGGGAGCCCGAAGGGGAGUUGUCAGUUCAGCCACCUGGGACACCUAAUGGGGAGUUGAGCAAUCAGUCUGAACCGCCUCAAGGAGUGGAACAGUCAGAGAAUGAACUCCCUGAUUACGUGCGUGUGCCGGUUCCAGAAAGUGUCAGUGAGUCCGAUGGUGAUGCCUCACAGGCGGGCGUCAAUCUUGAACCAACGGAUGACCUUCUGUUUGGAGAUGACAUCACCAUGUCUGCAGAUGAUAGGUGUUGCCAGUUCUGGGAGAUUGAAAUUCCUGUUGAAAACCAUGAAGAGCAUGCACUGUUUUGCGCUGGAUCCGCAGAUGAAAGUGUGUUGUUGGUGACUGGAGCAAAGAAGAAACGAGUUGAAGUCCGUUUGAGUGAUUUAAGCAGUGCUGACCAACAGCGCGUGGCGGUGGCCAAGCACAAAGAAAUAGGCGCCUGGCUCAAACAUGGAACUGUGAGAAAAGCAUCCAAAGGAAAAAUUCCUGAGGAAGCAAUCAUGCGCUGCCGAUGGCUGCUCACCUGGAAAUCAGCCUCACCUGAGGAUCACCCCAAGGAUGUGAGUGAGGGUCGUAAGGCAAAGGCCCGGUCGAUUGUUGUUGGAUACGAGGAUCCUGGAGUUGGGGUGGUUCAAAAUGAUUCACCCACACUCACCAAAGAUGGAAGACAGAUGGUGGUGCAACAGGUGAGUAGUCAUGGUUGGGAACUAGUUUCCUUCGAUGUCUCAACUGCCUUUCUUCAAGGCGAAGGAGACGGCCGCUUGCUUGGUUUGUAUCCCACCCCAGAGUUAACAGAAGCCCUUGGGUUGGAACCUGGUGAUCAGUGUCAAUUGGUAGGUAGUGCGUAUGGUCGUGUUGAUGCUCCUUAUUUGUGGUAUUGUAAGUUUCGUGACUCGUUGUUGCAGGAAGGUUUUAAACAGUGUCCUUUUGAUCCUUGUGUUUUUACUCUUGUUUCUGUUGAUGAAAAGGGGAAAGAAAGAGUUCAUGGUUCCCUAGGGGUUCAUGUCGAUGAUGGCAUUGGGGGUGGGGACAACAUGUUUAUGGCAGCCUUGGAAAGAGUCAGAAAGCGUUUCAGUUUUGGAUCAUUUGAAAAAGGGUCCUUUGUCUUCACGGGCAUAAGGUUUCAGCAGUGGGAUGAUGGCAGUGUGGAGUAUGAUCACGUUGACUAUAUAGAGAAGAUUAGGCCAAUUGAAAUCCCAAAACAGAGACGUACCAAUGCUGAAGCUGCGCUGAGCCCGAGUGAAGUGACGCAGUUGCGAAGUCUUGUUGGAGCUCUGCAAUAUGCAGCAGUCCAUACCCGUCCCGACAUUGCGGCCAAAGUUGGAGAGAUCCAAAGUAGGGUGGCAAAGGCAACAGUCGAUGACAUGAUUUUUGCAAAUCGAGUGUUGCAUGAGGCAAAGGUUCACCCUGUGACUUUAAUGACAUUGCCGAUUGCCCCUGAACAAGUGACUUUCUGUGCCUUCUCCGAUGCCUCGUUCCUUUCAGGAAAAGAGAAAUAUGCCCAUCAGGGAGGUUUGAUUUUUGUCACGACUCCAGAGUUGCUGGAGAACAAGAGAUCAGUGGUAGCACCAGUAGCUUGGAUGAGCAAGAAAAUUCAACGGGUGACUAGGAGCACCUUGGGGGCUGAAGCAGUGGCAUUGAGUGGGAAUGUUGAUCGUUUGUUGUGGUUGAGGAUUCUGUGGCAGUGGUUGAAUAACCCCUCGAUUGAAUGGCAGUCCCCCGAGAAAGUGUUGCACGAAGCCCGACAAGCUGCUCUUGUGACCGACUGUAAGAGUGCCUAUGACCUUCUGACUCGCACGGCCGUUCCACAGUGUGAGGAGCAUAGGACCACCAUUGAGUGUUUGCUCAUCAGAGAAAGAUUGCAGGCCAAUUGCGUAGUGAGAUGGGUUACAUCAAAUGCUCAGCUUGCAGAUUGUUUGACAAAGAGCAUGGAUGCAAGCGUUUUGCGACAGUGUUUGAAGAGUGGUCGGUAUUCUUUGUUUGAUGAAAAUCGAGUGUUGCAACAGAGAUCUGACAAGCGACAGCGUUUGAAAUGGGCCAAAGAAGUGACGUCCAAGUCUCCAGAAAAUGAGACAGUUUUGAAAUGUACAGAAGAAGUCCGGCAGGCGUUGCUGCUGGUGGCUGCUGUUGAAGCGAGGUUUUUGCAGGGCAACAAUGGUUCGGCCGAAGAGGCCGCAAACCACUUCCGGCGCAUGCUGGAGUGGUACCGGAAGGCGGACAUGAACAAGAAGCGCCUGGUGCUGGAAGGUCAAGCCUGGAACGUGGAUUGCGUGGAGGGCGGUCGAAAGCUGUUUGAGAUGAUGUGCAUCGAUGCCACGCGCCAAAGUCCUGAUGGAACCAUGCUUUGGAUCCAAAGAGAUGGUCUGGUCCAAAUUGAUGAGAUCAUGGCUGUGACCGACGAGGACUUGGUCCAUCGGAUGAGUCUGAUCUGUGAACUUCGAGAGAUGCACCUGGACAGAUGCAGCGAGGAAUCACAGCGCCUGGUGAAGUUCGUUCAGGUCCGCGAUCUCACGGGGUUAAACAUCUCCGCAGUGGUGCGAAACCGUGCCGUGAUGAAACGUCUUGCAGACGUCUUUAAGAUCAUCAGUACAGCCUAUCCUGAGACCUUGUCCAAAAUGAUUAUUGUGAAUCCACCUGCUGGAUUCAACAUGCUCUGGAUGGCUGUACAGCCAAUGCUGAACCAACGAAUCAAGCAGAAGUUCGUCUUCAUCCCUGACGGGCCCUUCGAAUUUCCUCAGAAACUGGCGGCCAUGACGGGCACCUCUGCGUUACAAGCGCUCGCAGACCUCGGAGAGAGGGAUGCGUCCAUGGAUUGGCCUCCGGGGAGGUCCAGUUUUCAGUACCGCGUGCUUUCCCCAGGGUGCAAAGCACAAUGGUUCUUUGAAGUGCAGCCCCCCGGGUGCUACCUGCAGCUGCAGGUGAUUUUUUUCGAGGAGGUCGAGGAUGGCCGACCCAGUCCUGUGACCCAUGAAGUCUUCCCAAUGCAAGGGGUGACAGGUGCCGUUUCUGGCCAUUGUGGACCGUUGGGCGUUUCUGGACUUCUAUGGUUCACCUGGAGCAAUGACAGUUGGACCUCCACCAUGAAGAUCGCCGAUUUGAAGAUCACGGUGGAUAGCUCUGGGGAGGAUGAGCUGGUGCGCAAUCCUUCGUCGUCCUCUGUGCUGAUGCAGAAGCGACAGCGGGGCGCUGCAAGUGUGGGGGCUGGUUCCCUGCUGAGCCUCAGCUGCUGCCUGCCGUGGUUUUGGGAGACCGAGACUGAGGAGGACUUCGGAGAGUCAUCCCAGGUGCUGCGGCACCACCGGCUGCGGCAUCACUUCGACAGUCCCAGGGUUGUGAGGGAAGAGAAGCCAACACCGGCGGAAGAGCCGCCCGAGGAAUGUGGCUGGGAAGGCGGCCUUGGCUCCCAAGCCUUCGCUCAGCUGAUGAUGCGCCUGGCUGCGCUGGUGCUGGUCAUCGCCACGGCGCAGACGUGUCGGAAGUACGUCAGUCUGGUGCAGGCCAGUUUUUUCGAAAAAACGCCAUGGUGAGAGCUCAAAAACGGGGCAAGCACUGGACCUUGGUGGCCCGGCUCAGUACUCUG